UUUUUAUUUAAUUUAGAAUAAACUUUAGAAUGAAUCUCCAUCAGUUUCUUAUUGUUACUUUUAAAAAUGAAGAAGAUGCUGUUGCAAUUUUGCCAGAAACAUAUUUAAUUAGUAAUGAACUUUGCUUUUGGCCACCAUAUACCUCACAAGGCAGAGUAAAAAAGGCUGUCAAAGAAUGUGAAACCCCUGAUGAAAAUUGGCCAAAGCAUGCCAUUCGAGUUAUUAAAAAAAUAGGUCAGUCACAUAUGUACAUAAUGUGCUUAAGAUAUAACCUGCAUUAAUGUCAAAAAAUUGUAAUUUAUUGUACAAAAGAAAUAGUGAUAAUUGUAUACUGUAGUUGUAACAUUGAUGGUGUUGUUAUAAGAGUGUAACUUAGGGGUUGUAUUUUAGGUUCCUACAACAAGGCAUUAUGUCAACUUGAAAAAGCUACCAUAACAUCUGAUCUGCAGAGUGAUUCAGAAUCAAGUACUAGGCUACGUCCAAAGCGGUACUUAAUAUAAGAAAAUUUAUAUUUUUUUGUAAAUACAAUUUUAUGGUUUUAAAGUUAUUAAGUCCUAAGUAUUUUUAUUUUAUUUUAUGUGAAGAGUAUUUUUAUAUCCUGAUGAGCACAGCGAAACAGAAUUUUUUGUGGAAGAAUCUAUUCCAAUUUCUAAAAAAGUUAAAUUAUUGACACCAGCUCCGGUUACGCCAAAAAUAUUUUCCUCUGGAACAUCAAUGCAACUUACACCAUCAAAAUCUGUAAGCGCACAAAUGCUAACUCCACUACUUUUAUUCACGCCUCCUGCAAUAAAAUCUAAAAUAAAUCUUAUAGAUGAGAAGCAGAGAUCAAAAGAAAUGUUGCAUUCGGCUGUGACAAACAAAAUAGUUUCAAUGUUAGUGGAACUCAAAGAGGAUGUGGCAAAUCUGAGAAAAGAGGUUGCAUACAACACAGCCAUGCUUCAGAAUAUUGCUAAUGGUGGAGUUCAUGAUGAUGACCAAAACAUUUUUGAUAUUCUUAAACUUCCUUUAUGCAAUAUGGCUCAGUUAUUGCAACUUGAAAAAACACUUGAAAAUGAAAAAAUAACAAUGAAAAAGCUUAUACGAGCAGUUGCUUCUAAAGGUGGGCAAAACUUAAAAGAGGCAGUGAAGAGAAUGUUGUUGUCAUUAUUACAUAAUGAUGUUCUCAAAAAACUAAACUGGACAGGUCAGGGUGAUAAAGACAAACUGUCUUUCCGUGAUUUGGAUUGCAGAUUAGUUAUCGAAGGCGCAUUGAAGCGAAAUCCCUCGACUGCACAAGUCACAGAAAGCGAUAUUCAAAAGGUGAUUGUACAUUUUUUGGCCGGAGCAAUCAAUAGAAAUGUUGGAAAGAAGGCGAGAGCCACAAGACUACUGGCUCUAAAAGCUACUGCAACCGAGAAAGUAUCUUGUUUUUCGAGAGUGAAAAAUAAAAUUUUUUCUAGUUUACCAUCAUCUUCCGAUUCAGAAGAAACAAAUUAAAAUUUGUUAUUGUAAUAUGUUAGAUUGUAAAUAUGC